AUGGCGAUCGCCGCGGCAGCAUCGGCGAUGGUCGACUUCAACGACCUCGCGGCGCAGGCUGGCGCGGCACCGCCGGUUGUGGCCUACCUCCGUGCUCGCGGCGUCGACCGGACCUCGACGCUGGCCCUCAUCGCCCUCGACGUCGAGGCCCUCCAGAAGUCCAUCAUCCAGGACUACGUCGACGGCAUCGACAUAGCCGGGGUCACCCACAAGGCCGACCCGAUCCACGCCGACGUCGCCCGGGCGAUCAUCAUCCACAUGUGGUCCGAGGCUCGUCGUCAGUGGACCAUACACACGGCGAUUCCGGCGCCGCCAGCUGCGGCAGCGCAGCCACCCGCACAGGCGUCGGCGUCCCAGGCGCCCCACAAUGCCAGGGUCGACGAGAAACCGCCGAAAACUUUCUCCGCCUGGCAGACGCAGGUGGAGAGCUACAACGCUCGCCUGCUCGACGGCGAACGCCGUCGCUUCCCCACUCAGGCGCUCCUCGGCGCCGAAGAGGUCUUGGCGCGGAUGUGGCAUGAGCACACCGUGACCAAGUCCUAUACGCCGGUCAGUCUCUCCGAGAUUUUGGCCCGGCGUACUUACCAGGCCUCCGGCGAGAUCAACCCCUACGCCAUCCGGCGUGCUGCCUCGGCGACUGAGGAGAAGGACUGGGUCCCCAGGACGCUCCUCGCCGUCAUCGACGGAGCCGACUCGGUCAGUGGGCUUGGACCCUGGCCUGAUCGGGCAUUGCGCGAUCGACACAUUCGUCGACUGCCAUGGUUCGUCGCCAAGGCUCGGUCUCGCCCGGGCAUGAUGGAGCAGGUCGUCGAUUUCUGGUCGGCGAUCGGGUGGACCCUGGCCAUGGAUCUCCGCCUCGGCAAGUCGUUCGCCGAAGCGACGAAGGAGAUCAUGGAGAACCACGCCCUCUUCUACGACGCCAUGGCCAAACCGCCGAAGGACGUCUUCGUGGCGGCGUCCUUCCCCAUUCUACAGUUUGACGAGAACGGGGAGGAAAAGUGCCUGGUGGAGACCGGCGGUGACGCCCGCGUCUUCGGCCACGACCUGUGGUCGGCGUACCGCCAGUGGGCCGUGAAACAUCCGGCCCACUCGGGCACGUUCCUGGCCACCGACCACGGCGUGACCCUUUGGUUUCACCUGGCCAUGUGCUUCGGCGCCGCAGCCUCGGUCUGGAACUUCAACCGCGCCGGCGACGCCCUUCAGGCCUUGCUCCGGGCGCUCCUCCUCGUCUUCGGCGGCCACUACGUCGACGACUUCAACGCCCUCGAAUUCGCCGAGACGGCGUCGGCCUUCGAAGCUUUCGCCGUGCUGUUCGACCUCCUCGGCCUUCGCACGAAGGCAUCCAAGGCGCAGGCGCCGGAGGUGGCGCGCGUCGUUCAGGGAGUCCACCUUCGGGUCACCGACGAGGGGAUCGAACUGUCCCCGACGGAGAGGCGCCGAGCCAAGAUCCUGGCGAUCAUCGAUCAGACGCUCGCCGAGAAUACGCUGACGCCCGCCGCAGCCAUCAAGCCGAUCUACGCCAGGGCAGUCGACGUCGCCCGCACAUCCGACGACCACCUCUCAGUGGGACUGGCGGCGGCCCUGCGGGCGCUGCGGGGCAUGCUCAAACAGGUCCGCCCCAGAUUCGUCCCCUUCGCGCCGGCGGAAAAGAACAUGGCGGUGCUCUACGCCGACGCAUUUUUCCAGGAGGGCGACGUGAUCCACAAGGCGGGCCACGUCCCGCCGGCGGCGAAGGCGGCGCCACGCGACAGGCGGGCGUUCAUCUACGUCCUCGAGAUCGUCGCGCAGCUCCUCCCCCUGCUGGCCUUCGGCGACCGCCUGCCGCAGUACUGGUUGGCGUACAUCGACAACGUCGCCGGCCAGUGCGCCCUGCUCAAGGGCUAUGGGAAGGAUCCGGCGGUCAACGGCCUUCUCUCGGCGUUUUGGGCCACGGCGGCGAGGUACAACUGGUACCCCGACUUCCGCCGUGUCCCCUCCAAGGCCGACAUAUCCGACGCCGUCUCGCGCGACGACUUGUCGCAGGCGACGGAGUUGGGCUGGACCUGGACUGACCUUCCCGUCGACGCCAUCCUCGCCGUCCUCUUCCAAGCGGCCGGCGACAUCGACUACGCCACGGACGCCGCUGGCGACGACCUUGUGAGGGUUGCUAAGCCGCCAGUCGACGGCCGGGCGGGUGCAGAAUGCGCCCCGGCGCCGGCCUCGACACUUCGGCGGACUGGAAUACUCGAGAACCUGGUGGCCGAGCUUACGGCGCCCUCCGCCGGCGGUGAAGCCGUGGCAGAGACGGCCAACGCUGCCGCGCAGAUGCGCCAGGCGCUGGCCGCGCAGCUGAAGCAAAGCCUGAGGACGCCAGUGUGA